AUGGAUAGAGUGCUGAUGCUCAGUCCAUGGACAUUUGACAAGUACCUAGUAGCUCUAUACAAGCUAGAAACUGAUGAACAGAUCCACGACCUCCCUCCUAGGAGAAUGACAAAGGAUGUUGGUGUAUCUAUAGGAAGAACAUUGGUAGAGGUUGAGGAUGUGGAUAUGGGAGAAGAAGGGAAGGCUCUGGGAAGAUGUAUUAGAGUCAGGGUCAAAUUAGAUCUUUCUCAGCCACUGUGUCGUGGAAGAUUGGUGGGUUUUGGGAGCCAAGAAUCCCUUUGGGUUAAUUUCAUGUAUGAAAGGUUGCCCAUUUUCUGUUACUGGUGUGGCAAACUAAAUCAUGAUGACAAGGAUUGUGUUCUUUGGAUCAAUAGUAAAGGAAGCCUGAGAAAAGAGGAUCAGCAGUAUGGUGUAUGGUUGAGAGCAAGCACAAAAAAGCCCUAG